UUCUCGGCAGUCAAUAUUGUCUUCUGCUUUUGUUCUAUACGAGUAACAGACACACAACUGUUUUGGUUUGUGUCUAUGCAUUUUUUUGUGUUACUCGAGUGCUUGAUCCUGUCGGCAUAUGUGAACAUGUUUGUUUGUGCAUGAGCAUUAUUUUGGUUCUAGACAUUGUUAAACAACAGCACAGUGGUAGAGUAAAAUGCAUCACACACAAAUUUUAGCACAGACAAGACAUACAAUAUGUGAAGGAAAAGAAUUGCUCUGGUAACUUGACCAUCUCUAUAUCCCAUAAUUGAUUUCACUAAACCCUUUUUAUCACAAUAAAUUUAACACUUGAAGAACAGAUGAACUAUGAACAUGACAAUAGUCUUGUUCCGUUGGCAUUAUAUGCUAUAUAACUCUUUAGACAUAUCUUUGUAGAAUUCGCUGCUUCUAGUUUCAUCAUCACUUUGCACAAUUCAUUAAAUGCUGCAUGUUAUCUCUCUGUGACACUACAUCAUGUAUCUAUUUAUCAACGUUCUAUUGUGUGCUACGCAGGCCAGUGUUGUGUUGCUUGAACGGAACUUACAUGCUUGUUCUUAAUUUGCAGAAGCAAAGAGAACCACCAGAGUUGCCUUGCAAUUUAAGAAUAGAGGUGGACAGAAUUAGCAACUUACCAGGGCAUAUCAUAGACAAAAUUUUGUCACAUUUAUCACUGAGGGAUGCUGUUCGCACAAGUAUUUUGUCUACCAAGUGGAGAUACAAAUGGGUCACCCUUCCUUAUCUUGUAUUUGAUAAUCAAUCUGUUUUAGUCUCUGCACAAGAUCAAACCCUCGUAAAAAACAAACUAGUGAGUAUUGUUGACCAUGUGCUUUUACUUCAUACUGGCCCGAUACACAAAUUUAAGCUUUCUCAUCGAGAUCUUCAAGGUGUUAGUGAUAUUGAUAGAUGGAUUCUAUUCCUGUCAAGGGGUUCUGUCAAGGAAUUUAUACUUGAAAUAUGGAAAGGUCAUCGUUACAGGCUUCCUUCUUCUAUAUACUCGUGUCAAAAGUUGAUUCAUUUGGAACUUUUUAACUGUCUUUUGAAACCUCCAUCUAAUUUUAAUGGCUUUAGAAGCUUGAAGAGCCUUGAUCUUCAACACAUCACCAUGGAUCAAUUGGCAUUUGAGCAUAUGAUAUCCAGUUGUCCUUUACUCGAGCGGCUGACAUUGAUGAACUUUGAUGGUUUUACCCUUCUUAAUAUCCAUGCUCCAAAUCUCCUUUUCUUUGAUGUUGGAGGAGUUUUUGAAGAUGUCAGUUUCCGAGAUACCUUCCAUCUGGCUGUUGUCUCUAUCGGUCUGUAUGUGAACACUGGAAAUGAACGCAAUCUAGCUUUUGGCAGCACUGGCAAUUUGAUCAAGUUUUUUGCCUGCCUUCCUCAUAUUCAAAGGCUAGAAGUGCAGAGCUUUUUUUUGAAGUAUUUGGCUGCUGGAACCAUUCCAGGGAAGCUGCCUAAACCUUGUGUUGAUCUUAGUUUUCUUUCAAUACGCAUUAAUUUCAAUGACAUUGAAGAGAACCUGGCUGCUCUUUGCCUUCUCAGAAGUUGUCCCAACCUUCAGGAACUUGAGAUGUUGGCUCGCACAGAGGACCAGGCUCCCUCAAGAGCAGCCACCAACAUUGCUGAAAAUUUUCAGAGCUUUCCCUUUAAUCAACUACGGAUUAUUAAGAUUGUCGGAAUCUCUGGCAUUCGACAAGAACUGUAUUUCAUCAACUUCCUGCUCGCUAACACACCAGUUCUUGAAAGGAUGACAGUCAAGCCGGCUUCAAUGGACGGCGGAUGGGAAUUAGUGAAGGAGCUACUUCGCUUCCGACGAGCUUCCAUGCAUGCAGAAAUCAUUUACCUGGAUCCUUAGGUUGUUCAAAAUCAUAAAUAGACCAACUUUGGGUUGAUGAGACUGCCGUUGAUGGGUUCGUGUAUCUUGACGGUUGAUGGCCUUGUUUGGUUUUAUUUCCAAAAGUCUCAUUUUCAAUUCUAUAUUAUUUUAAAUUGUUCGAUGAUC